GAGCGUUGUUACCAUCGCGAUAAUAAUUUAUAGGUAGUGUAUAACACGUAUACGCGCACGGUCCUUUGAAACGGGGCUUCUCUUUGCACGCCACCGCGACGGCGGUGUUUUCGAGUAGGUAUUAAAAAUUAGUAUUAAAACCGCGAUGAUCCAGUCGUAUCGUAUAUUAUUUUAAUGAAUCCGUUCAUUCAUCUGAACAUUUUUGUAAUGGCGCGCGAACACGUUUUGACGAACGCUCGCGUCGUGUGCUAUACGUACUCAUUAUGGGAUAAGUAUACCUGCGAUCAUGUCGACGGCGGUAAUAAUGCCAUUGAACUCUGUGCACAAUGUGUACAAUCACUUAUCGUCGUUUUCGUCCGUGAUCAAGACCAAUCAACUCAUUAACGUUCAAUUUCUCGCGCAAUGAAAAUCAUUUGUGCGGUAUUCGCCGCGGUCAUUGUUGGGCAGUUGGCUAUGCCGUACGCGUCUGUGUACGGGAGUGCCGACGCUAAACGACUGUAUGACGAUCUGCUCAGUAACUACAACAGACUCAUCAGACCCGUCGGCAACAACUCUGACCGGUUGACGGUUAAAAUGGGUCUAAAACUGUCGCAAAUCAUCGAAGUAAAUUUAAGAAAUCAAAUUAUGACGACAAACGUCUGGGUCGAACAAGAAUGGAAUGACUAUAAACUUAAAUGGAAUCCCGAAGAUUACGGAGGAGUAGAUACUUUACACGUACCAUCCGAGCAUAUUUGGUUGCCAGACAUAGUAUUGUACAACAACGCUGACGGCAAUUACGAAGUGACGAUCAUGACGAAAGCAAUACUGCACUAUACGGGAAAAGUCGUGUGGAAGCCGCCGGCCAUUUACAAAUCGUUCUGCGAAAUAAACGUCGAGUAUUUCCCGUUUGACGAGCAGACGUGUUCAAUGAAGUUUGGAUCGUGGACGUACGACGGAUACAUGAUGGAUUUGCGGCACAUUUCACAGGCGCCCGACUCGGACGUGAUCGAAGUGGGCAUUGACCUGCAGGACUACUACCUGUCGGUCGAGUGGGACAUCAUGGGCGUGCCGGCCGUGAGACAUGAAAAGUUUUACGUCUGUUGUGAGGAACCGUACCUGGACAUAUUCUUCAACAUCACGCUUCGGAGGAAAACGCUGUUCUACACGGUCAACUUGAUCAUACCGUGUGUGGGCAUAUCGUUCUUGUCCGUGUUGGUGUUUUACCUGCCGUCAGAGUCCGGCGAAAAGGUAUCGCUCUGCAUAUCGAUAUUGCUUUCGCUCACCGUGUUCUUCCUGUUGCUGGUCGAGAUUAUACCGCCCACGUCGCUCACCGUGCCAUUGCUGGGCAAAUACCUACUCUUCACCAUGGUCCUGGUCACGCUGUCCGUGUUUGUCACCGUUGCCGUUCUGAACGUUAACUUCAGAUCACCGGUAACGCACAAGAUGAGACCGUGGGUGGUAAAACUAUUCAUCCAGAUCUUGCCCAAGGUGCUGUUCAUUGAGCGGCCAAAGAAGGGAGAUUCGAUCGACGACGAUGACGACGACGAUGACGAAAAGCACGGUGAAAUCCUGUCGGGCGUGUUCGACGUGCCGUCCGAGAUCGACAAGUACUUGGACUACAACCGUGGUUAUAGUUUCGAUUACGAUGUACCGCCACCGCUACCAUCGUCCAGGUACACCGGCCCCAGAGCCGGUGGCGUGAACGGAGGCGCGGGCGUAAGCGCCGGCGCGGGCGCCGUGACCGGGUCUAACGACACGGUGGUGAACAUGGCGUCGGACGAGGACGAGGACGCGAUCGAGCUCGACGCUGAAGACGAGUACGACGACAUGUUCAGCCCGACGACUACGACGGACGACGGUCUGGCCAGCCCGACGUUCGAGAGUCAUCACCACCAUCACCAGCACCAACACGGAUGUCCGGUGGACCAGCAGCCCAGGCACGACCCGGCCAUGCAGACCAUCCAGGACGCAAAGUUCAUUGCUCAACACGUCAAGAACCAAGAUAAGUUCGACGAGAUCAUUGAAGACUGGCAAUACGUAGCUAUGGUAUUGGACAGGUUGUUCCUGUGGAUAUUCACAUGUGCCUGUCUCAUCGGCACAGCCCUGAUCAUUUUCCAAGCACCGGCCCUGUACGACAAGACAAAGCCCAUCGACGUUGUUUACUCAAAAAUCGCGAAAAAAAAAUUGCAAGCCAUUUUAUGAGACACCACAACAAUACAAAGCUCAAUGACGUUUUUUAGUAAACAACUUAGUGAAUACAAACAGUUAAUCGAUAACAAUCCUAUAAUUAUGUAUAAAGUAUACUUCGUUUUCCUAAUCAUCAAGUUUUUAUUAUACGUUGUCGUUUUUGGUUUUUUUACAAUUGAUUUUUCAUGUAUGGCGUGAAACGUUGUUGCCGAUAAAAUAAAAUAUUAUCACUUAU